GAAACAAACCAAGACUAGCCACUCAUCUAACAAACCAUAUCGAAGAUGAUUUAAAUGAUGAUGAUAUAUUAGUUGCUGAUGAUGAUGAGAAACCCUCAUCUGAAAUUGCCCCGUUGCCAUUAGUCCAAGCUAUCUUGGACGAACGUAAUGACAACACGAGCAAAGCAACUAAUCAACCAUCAUUUAAAACUCGUGUACAAGCUGGCAUCCCCGGUCUCAGACAAAAUCCCAUUCGGAAUUUUGGACGAGGGGAGAUGCACUCAACUUGUGAUCUUGAUGGUUUGGACCUUCCGAAAGCUUGGAAAUUGCCGAUAAGACCCUUAUCAAGCCAUUUGGAGAUUGAUAUUAACAAUCUCCAAAAAGCAAAUGCAAUCAUGAAGUUUUCGGGUGAUAUCCAUGACUAUAUGAACUGGAGAGCUUCGUUUCUCGAAACAGUUCAUUUUAAAGUCAAAGAAUCGGCUGCACGGAAAAUAACCGUGUUGAGCAAUAUGUUACCCGUGGAGGUUUUCAACAAAAUCUCACGUGGACACACAUAUUCUGCCGAUGGAUAUGCUGCCAGAAUAAGAAAUCUGGAAAAAGAUUUCGGUGAUGGAUCAAUGUUAUACAACGUUGUUUGGAACAAUCUAACGAAGGUUCCUUACGUUGGUAACAUGAAACAAACUAAUAAUCUCGAAAAGUUUAUUUCAACUUUCGAUGAGUUUGUAAACCAUGCCAAAAUCCUCAAUAUCGGUCACGAUGAUAAACUUGUCUUCAGUAUUGUAACUGCAAAGUUUGACGAAGACAUAGUCUUGAAGUUUAAAAGCCAAUCCCGGUUGAUGGGAAUGGAAGUUAACGCUUCCAAUUUCAGAAACUGGCUUGACGAUAAACUUCAAGAUAUCUUAUCGUUACGUGCCGGACAAAUGAAACUUUCAAUGAGGGGAGAGUCCCGAUACGACAAAUUCGUACCUAACUCCCAAAUGCAGAAGUUUCAGUGAAACCAGCUAUUAAAAAACCUACCUUCGGUAACCUUUUUAUAGCUGGAACUUCAGGUACUAAAUGCCCAAUCUGUAAAAAAGAUGGUCAUUUAGCUGAAGCAUGUAAAGCCUUUCUUCAAGAACCUAUUAAGGAGAGAUUAAAAUUGGUGCGAAAUCAUCAAUUAUGCUUUCUUUGCCUUAAGGAGGGUCAUUUAGCUUCAGCUUGUACUGAAGCAAAGAAAUGCUUUUGCGGUCGAGACCAUCAUCCACGUCUCCAUCGAGACGUGCAUGGUAAAGUACAGAAUGUUAAAACAUUUAUCUCGAUUGAAACUGAAGCAUAUGAGACGGAAGGUGAAAACACCGAUUCUGAAAUAGAAUCGGAAGCCAAUUCCGUUGGGGAAACCCAAUGGGAUUGACUAACCACCCUUUUGUCCAACGCCAAUUGCUGCUUUAAUCGCUAUUCCAAAAGCAUUAAGAAAACAUCUUUGCACUUCAUAGUAGUAGAAGUUGAAAACCCUACUACUGGCAAAAAACGUCUUCUUAAUGCACUAAUGGAUUCUGGAGCAGAUCGAAAUUCUUUCGAUCUGAAAAUCGCCAGAGAUCUUAAAUUGGAAGGCGAUAAAGUGCCAUUUGCAAUCAAUGGUGUAGGUGGAGUAGUUACAUCAUAUCAAGGCUUAAUCUCGGAUUUGAUAAUCAGAAACGUAACCACUCGACAAUUUUCCAGAAAAAUAACGGUUCAGUGCUUUCCUGAACCUGCCGGGAAAAUUACUCCUACGCCCAUAACCAUGCUUAAAAGCAAAUUUAAGCAUCUAAACGAUAUUGAAGUAACAGAUUUCAUAAAGGAACCAGUUACUUUAAUAAUCGGGAACGACAAUCCAAGUUUACAAUUAAGUCUCGAAGAAAGAGAAGGUUCUUCAACCCAACCUUUCGGGAGAUUAUAUAAUCUUGGAUGGUGUGUUUAUGGACCAAUUACCUCAGGAAAUACUGCAUUUCCAGCUGUCAACGAAAACCAUUUCGUUGACAUAAAUGAGGCAGAUUACUCAAUUCCAAAAGAAUUGAGUAAAGAUUGGCUAAGCUGGUUACAACAGACAGACAAACUGUCGGAAUUUGAGAUCGACCGUUGUUUGGAGAAUGCUUUCACCACAACAACGGCAAUAUCAAGGCAAAUACACGUAUUUGCUGAUGCAUCUCUCUCCGCAUAUGCCUGUGUGUUGUACAUGAGGAUUCAAUACCAAGACUUGACCAUUACAACAAAUUUAAUUUUUUGUAAAGCCAAG